CUAGGCAAUUCCGAGGCUUGGUACAUCUCCUCUCCGCUCCACCACCACCUGCAGCGCCUCUCUCCCCGCGUCGCUGCUCCCAAGCUCGCCCCGUCGCCCUCAUCCUCUGCCUCACGCGCCAUGACGCCCGUCACGCCCGCCACGCCCGCCACGCCCGCCGCUCGGGCCACAGCUCCCACCAAUGUCGAGGCCGAUGACACGUUCGAAGAGAUUGACAUGAAGUCGGCGCCCAUGGUGGAGCUUGUUGAGUUCAUUGUCACGAUCUCGGCAGCUGUACUCAAAAGCAUUCAGAGGCUCGAGGUGAAGACUGCCGGCAAGACAACGAUGGACGUUGAAGAGAUGAUCGAGACCGUCAUGGAGAACCCGAAAUGGCAGAUCAAAUGCCUCGACCUGAUGAACGACAUCAACCGUGACUCCCCGCGCUGGGUCUCUCUCGAGCUGCGUGUUGCUCUAGCCAGGGGCGUGGCUCCGCUUCUCAUGAUGGAGCCGAAGAAGAGCGACGAUGAGAUUGUCCGCGUGAUGAACGGCUUCAUCAGCCUUCUCAAGCACCAGCCAGCUGGCUGCGGAUUCGACAAGGACAAGUACUUCUACGACUAUGUCGACGGCGAGAUUGCGCGCGUGGCCUCAGCUGCGCCCAAGACCUCGGCCACGCCGCCCAAUAAGCCCGAGAAGGAGUGGUAUUUCGACGCGUAUGGCCUCGAGGCGUCCGCAGGCGCCGCGGACGAUGAGUCGUCAGAGGAGGAGGAGCAAGACGCCGCCGACGACAGCGAAAUGGCUGCGGACAUUGCCGAAUGGCGCAAGAAGGUCGAUGAGAUGAUCCUGCUGCGCAAGCUGGACUGGACACACAUGUAGCAACGCAGUCACACCUGCACGAGUCUCACUAGCUGCACACGAGACAAGCGGACUUGAAGUUUCCCUUGCGAGCAUCCCGCGUCGUUGUUUCGUAGUACCAUGCCCAUUGCCGUCUGCCAUCACACACGUGGCAAAGGCCGUCAUGUAGC